CUGCUUGGCCCAGCAUAGUGAAUCCAAGGGCAGGAGACACCUGCCCACUGCCGUGCUGCCCACCUCUUCCUCACUGCAACUCUGUCUGUGCCCACCAUGGUGCACCUGUGUGCCAGUCAGCCCCGUGUGCCAGUCAGCCCUGCCUUCCUCCCUGCUGCCCCAGGCCCAGAGCCUCAGAGCAUCUGCAUGCCCACUGUUGAUUUCCUACCAGGCAAUUCCAUGAUUGUGUAUUGGAUGUUUGCUUCAUGCUGAACUGAGUGCUGAGUUGUGGGGGAGGAGGCACAACAACAAUUAAGAUGUGGAUGAGUGUGUGGAGGGAACCGACAACUGCCACAUCGAUGCUAUCUGCCAGAACACCCAGCGGUCAUACAAGUGCAUCUGCAAGUCUGGCUACACAGGGGAUGGUAAACACUGCAAAGAUGUGGAUGAGUGUGAACGAGAGGAUAAUGCAGGUUGUGUGCACGACUGUGUCAACAUCCCUGGCAAUUACCGAUGCACCUGCUAUGAUGGAUUCCACCUGGCACAUGAUGGACACAACUGUCUGGAUGUGGACGAGUGUGCCGAGGGCAAUGGUGGCUGUCAGCAGAGCUGUGUCAACAUGAUGGGCAGCUACGAGUGCCACUGCCGGGAAGGCUUCUUCCUUAGCGACAACCAGCACACCUGCAUCCAGCGGCCAGAAGAAGGAAUGAACUGCAUGAACAAGAACCAUGGCUGUGCUCACAUUUGCCGGGAGACACCCAAAGGGGGGAUUGCCUGUGAAUGCCGCCCUGGCUUCGAGCUCACCAAGAACCAACGGGAUUGUAAAUUGACGUGCAACUAUGGUAACGGUGGCUGCCAGCACACAUGCGAUGACACAGAGCAGGGCCCCCGGUGCGGCUGCCAUGUCAAGUUUGUGCUCCAUACCGACGGGAAGACAUGCAUCGGGGAAAGGCGGCUAGAGCAGCACAUCCCCCCUCAGGCCGUUUCUAAUGAGACCUGUGCUGUCAACAACGGGGGCUGUGACAGUAAGUGCCACGAUGCAGCAACGGGUGUCCACUGCAGCUGCCCUGUGGGCUUCAUGCUGCAGCCAGACAGGAAGACCUGCAAAGACAUAGAUGAGUGCCGCUUGAACAAUGGAGGUUGUGACCACAUUUGCCGCAACACAGUGGGCAGCUUUGAAUGCAGCUGCAAGAAGGGCUAUAAGCUUCUCAUCAAUGAGAGGAAUUGCCAGGAUAUAGAUGAGUGUUCCUUUGAUCGAACCUGUGACCACAUAUGUGUCAACACGCCGGGAAGCUUCCAGUGCCUCUGCCAUCAUGGCUACCUGCUGUAUGGUGUCACUCACUGUGGGGAUGUGGAUGAGUGCAGCAUCAAUCGGGGAGGUUGCCGCUUUGGCUGCAUCAACACUCCUGGCAGCUACCAGUGUACCUGCCCAGCAGGCCAGGGCCGGCUGCACUGGAAUGGCAAGGAUUGCACAGAGCCGGUAAAGUGUCAGGGCAGUCCUGGUGCCUCGAAAGCCAUGCUCAACUGCAACCGGUCUGGCAAGAAGGACACCUGUUCCCUGACCUGCCCCUCCAGGGCCCGGUUUUUGCCAGAGUCUGAAAAUGGCUUCACGGUGAGCUGUGGCACCCCCAGCCCCAGGGCCACUCCAGCCAGAGCUGGUCACACCGGGAACAGCACAAACUCCAACCACUGCCAUGAGGCUGCAGUGCUGUCGGUUAAACAGCGGGCCUCCUUCAAGAUCAAGGACGCCAAAUGCCGUUUGCACCUGCGAAACAAAGGCAAAAUGGAGGAGGCCAGCAGAAUCCUGGGGCCAGGUGGUGCCCCCUGCUCUGACUGCCAGGUCACUUUCAUCCACCUCAAAUGUGACUCCUCUCGGAAGGGCAAGGGCCGGCGGGCCCGGACCCCUCCAGGCAAAGAAGUCACUCGGCUCACCCUGGAACUGGAGGCAGAGGUCAGAGCCGAAGAAACCACAGCUGGCUGUGGGCUACCCUGUCUCCGACAGCGGAUGGAACGGCGGCUGAAAGGGUCCCUGAAGAUGCUUAGAAAGUCCAUUAACCAGGACCGCUUCCUCCUGCGCCUGGCAGGCCUUGAUUAUGAGCUGGCCCACAAACCGGGCCCAGUAGCUGGGGAGCGAGCCGAGCUGGUGGAGGCCUGUAGACCUGGGCAGCACCGCACUGGGGCCAAGUGUGUCAGCUGCCCGCAGGGAACGUAUUACCACGGCCAGACGGAGCAGUGUGUGCCAUGCCCAGCGGGCACCUUCCAGGAGAGAGAAGGGCAACUCUCCUGCGACCUUUGCCCUGGGAGUGAUGCCCACGGGCCUCUUGGAGCCACCAACGUCACCACAUGUGCAGGUCAGUGCUCACCUGGCCAACACUCUGUAGAUGGGUUCAAGCCCUGCCAGCUAUGUCCACGUGGCACCUACCAACCUGAAGCAGGACGGACUCUGUGCUUCCCGUGUGGUGGGGGCCUCACCACCAAACAUGAGGGGGCCAUCUCCUUCCAAGACUGUGACACCAAAGUCCAGUGCUCUCCGGGGCACUACUACAAUACCAGUAUCCAUCGCUGCAUUCGCUGUGCCAUGGGAUCCUAUCAGCCUGACUUCCGUCAGAACUUCUGCACCCGCUGUCCAGGAAACACAAGCACUGACUUCGAUGGCUCUACCAGUGUAGCCCAGUGCAAGAAUCGUCAGUGUGGUGGGGAGCUGGGUGAGUUCACUGGCUAUAUUGAGUCCCCCAACUACCCAGGCAACUAUCCAGCUGGUGUGGAGUGCGUCUGGAACAUCAACCCCCCACCCAAGCGCAAGAUCCUUAUCGUGGUACCCGAGAUCUUCCUGCCAUCUGAGGACGAGUGUGGGGACGUCCUCGUCAUGAGAAAGAACUCCUCCCCAUCCUCCAUUACCACCUACGAGACCUGCCAGACCUAUGAGCGCCCCAUCGCCUUCACAGCCCGCUCCAGGAAGCUCUGGAUCAACUUCAAGACAAGCGAGGCCAACAGUGCCCGUGGCUUCCAGAUCCCCUAUGUUACUUAUGAUGAGGACUAUGAGCAGCUGGUAGAAGACAUUGUGCGAGAUGGCCGGCUCUAUGCAUCUGAAAACCACCAGGAGAUUUUAAAGGACAAGAAGCUCAUCAAGGCCUUCUUUGAGGUACUGGCCCAUCCCCAGAACUACUUCAAGUACACAGAGAAGCACAAAGAGAUGCUGCCAAAAUCCUUCAUCAAGCUGCUCCGCUCCAAAGUUUCCAGUUUCCUGAGGCCCUACAAAUAGUACCUCUAGGCCCAAGACCCAGGUUUUGAAGACCCCAGACUCCUUAGCCCUCAGAGCCGGCAGCCCUUACCCUCAUACAAGGAAUUCUCUCCUCUCUUUGGAGAAAAAAAAUAUCCUGUACAGACCACAAACUCUCCCUUUCUGUCUCUCUAGCUUCCUUUCUUUGUAUCUCUCUGCCUCUCUCUCACUCUCUUUCCUUCUCUCCUGUUUUCUCUUUUCCUACAUGCUCCCUGGAAAAGCCAUUCAGUGCUGGCUCUAUUCCCCCAAGCGGUGAAGAAACGGUACCUCCAUCCCCUCCCCAACCACACUACCCAUUUUACCAGCUCACAUCCCUUACUCCAUUAGCUUGGAAGGGUGCUAGAGACCUACCGAAAGAAGUGGGUCUAGUGGGGAAUGGGGAGAGAGAAGAGGGGUUUCUCCCAUUAUAGGGUUGUGCCUUGCCAGUCAGGAGCCCAAAUGUUCCCUGGCUGUGCCCCCCAGGUGAUUCUAAAAGCCCAGGGUUCUGCCAAAGAAGCCUUUGACUUGGAGGCUUAAUGCCAGCACUAGUCCUCUGGGACACGUGGUUUGAGCCCUGAACUGCCCACAGAGACAGCUUCUCUGUCUAUACAGCUCCUUUCCUUCCCCCACAUAUGUAUGUGCCUGGGGUCCAGUCCAUGAGGGCUUACAAAAGGCCCACACCACUGGGCUAGUGGACACCACUGAAUGAGGAAGAGCAGCAGGCAUUGCCAUGUUGAAUGCACCAUUGUCACUCCCAGAGAAAGAAUAUAGCUCUGCAGGACAGAAACCAGGUUUUAAAGCAUCACCAAGAAAAAGGGCGGGGAGUUGGGGAAGGAAAAAAUGUAUCAUCUAAAUGACUACGGAACAAUUGGAAGCCAGCCUCAAACACUAAUUCCUUUUCUUACUUGUUUUCCCUGGCCCAGCCAUCCCCUCACCCCUACCCAAGUGCUCCCUGGGGGAGCCCACUCCCUUUACUAAGUGUUGUCCUUAAAGAAUCAUGGCUGCUGAGUGGAAGCCGACCUGGGCCUUGCCCCAGAAUUCUUUCCCUUGUAGCCACAGAUGGCUUGUGGGCUCCACCAAAGAGGACUCUGCUCUGUAGCCAGCCCAGAGCCACCUACCUCUGGUCCCAGGCUGUGGGCAGCAAGAGGAAUGUGUGUGCACUUGGCAAGACUUCUGCCCACCCUGUCCACAUCUAAUAAGUGCAAUCGUUUUGAGUCUUUCUAUGUUGUCUAGAGGGAAGGGUUUUUGUUUUCUGGUUUUGUUAUUUUGUUGUUGUUGUUUUUCUCCUCUAUUAGAACAACCCUAUUUAUAGUUGCCCAAGAGAGAAGAGUAUAUGUUUGGAAUGGAAGAAAAAAAGGUUUUGAAAUCUCAUGAACCUGGAGUGCUGGAGCAUCUGAUUUAUCUCUACUAUCUGUCUCAACUCUCCGACCAGUGGCCAUCCAGACCUCUAGAGCCCUCAGCUUGGGUAACCCAGGACUGUGGCUCAGAGGCACCAGAUGUGUAAGACCAUAAUUCUGGGGACUAUAUGAAGCAGGAAGGAGAGGGACCUGUGUUUGAUAAACCAAUCCUGUUAUCCCUGUGCCUCUCAAUGGAUUUGGUAUGGACCUCCUGAUUGUAGAGGCCAAUGGAAUUGGUCAGUGAUUCUCCACUCCAAGUAGAGAAAAGCUCCAUCUUUUCCCUGUCUUCAUCCUGUUUUCCCCUGGUAAACACAUGGAAGAGGAUCAGGACAAACCCCCUGGGGAUGGGCUGACUCAAGGCCUUAAGGCCAGAGAGAUGGCUGGGGGAGCCAAGAAUAGGACAGUUACCUAGACCUGAAGUUGUUUGCCUGACCUUGGCCAUUCUGCCUAUCCCUACCUGUUUGCUGUUCCCUCUCGGAGUUGACUUCAAGCCUAGCUUCCUCACGUACUGUUUUUCAAAAGGAAGAAGAAUCAAGUCCAUGCCCGAGCCCAGAUCCUGCACACACUGCACCCUCAGACUACUGCUGCCUGUAAAAUUAUUUUCUAUUUGCUCCUUUUAGUUCCCCUAAAGCUAUAGUCUUUUUUAAUCAAA